CCAUCCAUCCAUCCAUCCCUGCCCUCUGGCAGUAGGAAGCCAUUCCCUGUGUCCUGUCCGUGCAUCCCUCGUCAAUGGUCUCUCUCCCACAGGCCACCAAGGCUUUUUUGGAUAAGCCAUCAGUGGUAGAGUCCAAGCCAACGUCCCCGGAUAUCGCCCUCAGCGCACAUGGAAUGUGAUUAAUGCUGAGAUGUCUGAAAAAAGGGAAACUGUCCCCAAAAAUGGGUGAAGGUUCAUGGACAAUUAUAGCACCUGGACUUCGCCCGGCAGCCCCGGCCCCUCCUGCCCUGCUUGGCAGAGGAGCACAAAAACAUUUGGCUAAUGAGUUAUGGGUCCAGCCCCGGGGCGGCCCUGCCAUCACACCUCGACAGCCCCAAUCAGGGCUGGGACAUUUUGCAAUCUGGGAUAUUAUUUCUGUGCAGUUGGAGUUUAAACUUUGCCACUUGAGUCAGGAGGAGGAAGAGGAGGAGGAGGAGGGUGAAGGCCGGGCUUGUCCCCUGCGUUCCUGUGUGUGCUCAGAGAGGGUUGAGAGGACAAUCCAUGGCAUCUCAAUCAGCCAUGGCCUCCAGUGUGGGCAGCCUCGAGAACCUGGACCUGCUGGAUCUCCUCUUCGACUGCCAGGACUGGAUCCUGCGUGGGGCGGAGCUGGGGACACCGCCGGGAGCCUGGCCCCAGGACAGGCGUGCUCCGGACAGCAAGGACCUCCUGAGCUCCAUCCUGGCCUCCGGGGACUCGGUGUCAGACUCGCCCAGCUGGUCCCCAGCCACCAGUGACAGCGGGGUGUCCGAGGACCCCCCCUCUGACCAGCACGACAGCCCCCCCCGGAGCUGUGACAGGGGUCCCCGAGAGGUCCUGUACCCCUACACUGACCCCUGCCAGGCCCAGCCCCCCCCAGCGGGCUCGGGGGUCCUGCACCCCGAGGUCUCCAUCGACCUGGACAUGUGGCACCCCGGGUUCUUCCUGGAGGAGAGCCAGGACGUGCCCGUGGUCCCUCCUCCUGCAUCCUGUGCCCUCACCGUCAAGGACCUGCUGCUCUCGGGCAGCUCUGACAACCCACAGGCUCCUGGCUCCCUGCUCCAGCCGAGCCAGGGCCCCUUCCAGGAGCUGGUGCUGACGGAGGACGAGAAGAAGCUGCUGGUGAAGGAGGGGGUGACCCUGCCCACGCAGCUGCCCCUCACCAAGUACGAGGAGCGGGUGCUGAAGAAGAUCCGGAGGAAGAUCCGGAACAAGCAGUCGGCUCAGGAGAGCCGCAAGAAGAAGAAGGAAUACAUUGAUGGGCUGGAGAGCAGGAUGUCGGCGUGCACGGCCCAGAACCAGGAGCUGCAGAGGAAAGUCCUGCACCUGGAGAAGCAGAACUCAUCCCUCCUGGAGCAGCUGAAGAAGCUCCAGGCCAUGGUGGUUCAGUCGAGCAACAAGGCAGCACAGACAGGAACCUGCCUGGCGGUCCUGCUGCUCUCCUUCACCCUCAUUGUCUUCCCCUCCAUCAGCCCCUUCACUCCCAGCAAGACUGAGGCAAACGGCGACUUCAGACCUGUGCGAGUUUUCUCCAGGUCCCUGCACAACGCCGCCGCCUCCCGCGUGGUUCACACCCAGCCCCAGGCCGCGGAGGAGAAGCUCCCGGAGCCGCUGUGGUCGGAGGAGGCGGCCGAGACCCUGCACGAGGCGUUCCAGGGCACAUUCCCGACACCGCGGGACAAAGGCUCCCUCCGGAACGACACGCGGGCAUCGGCCCCCGAGGGGCUGAGCCCUGAGGACCACGGGGAAGCUGUGCCAGGGGAUGGCACCGUGCCACAGCCGGGGCUGCCAUCCCUGGCAUGGUCCAAGCCCAGGCACGGCCGGCCCGCGGUGCUGGAGCCGGCGGAGGAGCUUUAGGCAGAGCAGGGAGCACGGGGGUGCUGUGGGGUGCCAGCACCUCAUCCCCUACAGGACAAGCCCUCGGGGGACCCCUCCAGGAUCUGCCUCCGGAUGCUGGCCCUGCUUGGCUUUGCUUGGAUUCUGUGGACUGGGAAGAAGAGACCUGAUCCCACUGGCUUUACUGGGAGGGAAGGGGCUGCUCCUGCCCCCCAGCACAGUGGGAGUUGUGGAAGGGACAUGGGGUCAGUCAGGAUGGAGCUGAAGAAGCAGGAGGGGCCCUGGUCUGGUUGGCUGCUGAUGGUGCAACUGGUUGGUUUUGUUCUUGGUUUUGUUUUGGUCUUUGUUUUUGUAAUUUUAUUUUCAUCUCUAAAUAUAAGAUAUUUUGGAAAAAAUCCACUGGCUGUAGUUUAAGAGGGGGUGAUCCAUGAGGUUUCAAGGAGCCCUGGGGCAGGGGGACCUCAAGCUGCCAGGAGAGCAGGGGGACACAGCCAUGCCCAACCUGGAGCUUGUGGAGAGUCAGGGCAGCCUCCCACAGCUCCCAUCCCUGAGUCCAGCUGGGAUCCAGUGCCCUUCCAUGACCAAGUGACGUGGAAUUAGAGUCACCUUCCACUGUCCCAAGCUGCUCCAAGCCCUGUCCAGC